AUGCCGGAAUCCACAGCGUACUAUAACCUCGGGUCGCAUCGGCGUUCCGUGACUACAUCCUCCCCAGAAGCUCAGCUCUGGUUUAACCGCGGAUUUCUCUGGGCCUACUCAUUCAACCAUGAUGAGGCGCUGCGCUGCUUCGAGCGAGCCACCGAGCACGACCCCAAAUGCGCCAUGGCAUUCUGGGGCAUCGCCUAUGCGGCCGGUCCGAACUACAACAAGGCGUGGCACUUCUUCGACAUGGCAGACCGUCGGCACACAAUGAAAAAGGCCAACGAUGCGUUGGCACGGGCCACCGAGCUGGCGAGCGAUGCCGCCCCCGUGGAAAGAGAGUUAAUCAAAGCGCUCACAGCCCGAUUCUCACCCUCAGACAAGAUCCCGUCCGACAUGGGGCCGCUGGACCGUGCGUAUGCGGCAGCAAUGCGACCUGUGUAUCAAGCCUACAGCAGCGACCUGGAUGUGUCCGCGUUAUUCGGCGAAGCGCUCAUGUGCAUCAGCCCCCGAGGACUCUGGGAUUUAGACACCGGCGAGCCCAGCGGCGACCACACAGUGGAGGCGCAGAAGGUGAUCGAGUCAGCAAUGGCGCAGAGCAUCGAAGGUCGCGAUCAUCCGGCCCAUUGCCAUCUCUACAUUCAUCUGAUGGAAAUGUCGCCAAUCUCAGAGCGAGCAUUACCCGCCGCCGACCGUCUACGUCGCCUGGUGCCUGAUGCUGCCCACAUGUUGCACAUGCCCACGCAUAUCGAUAUGGCGGUUGGGGACUAUCGCCGCGCGGUCGACUCCAACGAGGAAGCCAUCAUCGCCGAUGACAAGUAUUUCAACCGCGAGCGCGGAUCAGCUCUGUACGUAGCGUAUCGGGUGCACAACAUAUGUGCCAAACUGUAUGCGGCGUUCAUCUCGGGCCGAUUUGAAGAAUCGCUAUCGGCUGCGAAGAAGCUCGAACAGAUUAUCGAUAUCAACGUGUUAACAAGCACUAGCCCUCCGAUGGCGGACUGGACCGAGAGCUUUCUCGGAAACUUAGCCCAUGUGUAUGUACGCUUUGGUCACUGGGAGGAUAUCUUAAGCCUGGAGCUUCCCGCGGACCCCGCCGUGUACUGCGCAACAACGGCCAACAUACUGUACGCGCGCGGUGUCGCCUUCAGUGCCCUUGGUCGCGUCGCAGACGCAGAGGCGGCCCAGAAACAGUUUGAGGCGGCGCGUGCGAAGGUCCCGCCUUCCCGACUGAACAGUAUUCCCUGUAAAGAGGUCGACGUUCUCAAGGUCGGUUCGGAAAUGCUCAGCGGCGAGCUGGAAUAUCGCAAGGGCAACUAUGAGGUCGCGUUCGCCCACCUUCGGAAAGCGAUUGAGCUGGAAGACGCGCUCCCCUAUUCGGACCCGCCGCCAUGGAUGCAGCCCGUGCGUCAUGCCUUGGGUGGGCUGCUGCUGGAGCAGAACCGUAUCGAAGAGGCAGAGCAGGUAUUCCGAGAGGACCUGGGGCUCGCGAAGGAUUUCCCUCGGCGCAAGGCCCGACUGAAUAAUGUCUGGGGUUUACAUGGGCUGCACGAGUGCCUGGUGCGCUUGGGCAAGUUCGAUGAAGCUCUGAGCAUUCAGGUCCAGCGCGAUAUUGCUGUCGGUUCUGCCGACGUUCCCAUUACCACCUCCUGCUUCUGUCGCUUGUCUGCGGUUGGGAAAGCGGAGACAUGCUGUUCUUCUCAUAUUUGA